AUGCGGUACACUAUCGUCUUGAUGCUGACCUCGCUGGUCGCCGCUGACCAGCUUGUCACCCGCGCCUGCAGGGAGCUGGGCAAUUCAUGCUCUUCAGACGCGGAUUGCUGUGUGAAUGGCUUUCGCAACGUUGGCUGCAGGUCCAAGCAAAUCCCCGCUCCGCAGAACCCCCGGGUCCCCCCUGUGGGGCUUAGCCGCGGCCGGUUUCGUUGGUUCAGAAAAGUCUCCCGUGACCUGGCCUCGCUUCCGGAAGCUGAUAUCGCGCCGCGCUCGGAUGAUGAAGAAGACGAAGGGGCGGGAUACGGCGAUUACACCGGCGCUCUGUAG